AUGAGUGUAAUCCUUUGCACAGCUGGUUACGACCACACGAUACGUUUUUGGGAAGCCCUUUCUGGCAUCUGCCAUCGCACAAUCCAGCAUCCCGAAUCGCAAGUCAACCGCCUUUGUAUAUCUCCCGAUAAACGGUACCUUGCUGCUGCAGGCCAUCAAAAAGUCAAGCUAUUCGAUAUCCGCUCCUCAAAUCCGAGUCCUGUCAUGACCUUCGCCGGGCACACAGGGAACGUUACCGGAGUCACUUUUCAUUGUGAGGGCAAAUGGAUGGUGACUUGUUCUGAAGAUGGUUGGGUAAAGGUGUGGCAAACAAAAGAUGGGAGUAUUCAGCGAAGCUAUGAUCACGGAAUCCCUGUUAAUGAUGUGGUGAUCCACCCAAAUCAAGGGGAGGUGAUAGCUUGUGAUCGAGGGGGCAAUGUCAGGAUUUGGGAUCUGGGAGAAAACAAAUGCACCCACCAGCUGGUUCCGGAGGAAGAUGUCUCUGUGUCGAGUGUUACGGUAGCUAGUGAUGGAACGUUGCUAUGCGCAGGCAACAAUUCGGGCAACAUUUACGUCUGGCGCAUGCUCCAGAACCGUGACAUCACCUCUUUGAUACCGGUGACGUCUUUUCAGGCUCAUAACGCUUACGUAACUCGAGUCCUCCUCUCUCCGGACGUCCGUCAUCUGGCAACAUGUAGCGCCGAUCACAAUGCGCGCAUCUGGUCCGUUGACCCAGCAGCUCCACAUAUUGUCAAGGGCAACGAGAAUCUCCCUACCGAGCGUAAACCAGGCGCUUUCCCAUUAGAAUCGAGUCUCGAGAGUCACCAGAGAUGGGUGUGGGAUUGCGCAUUCAGUGCCGAUAGUGCAUAUCUUGUGACGGCGAGCAGCGAUCAUUACGCCAGAUUGUGGGAGUUGGGAACGCAGGCAGUCAUUAGGCAGUACAAUGGACAUCAUAGAGGCGCUGUUUGUGUGGCACUGAACGAUUACUCGGAGAGAUGA